AUGAACGAACGGAAACGUGUCCAAUUAGAAGGAGGCGGCGGGCGCGGGCGCGAGUGGCCCCCGCGCGCCGCAUUAACCAGAUUAGCGGAGCGGAGCGCGCGCGAGGUGUGGCGGCGGCGGACACCUCGCCCGCGACCAAAAAACAACGCGGCGCCUCGCCGGGGCGGAGCCGGGCCGAGCGGGGCGCGCGCGCGCCCCUCGCACCGCCAUUGGGCGGCGCGCGGCGGGAGGGGUGUCGCGCGCGGCGCCGCCGGCGGCCAGUCGUUUGACGCCUGCCGCGCGAGCGGGUGUCGUCACGGGAACAACGAGUGUCGAGCCGCCGGCCGGCGCUUAUGGACGUUGCAUGAGCGGGCGCGAGCGCCGCUGGAGCCGACGGUCCCGCCGGCCGUGGAGCGCGCGCCGUGGGCCCCGGGCGGCGCGGGCAUGCGCUUCGAGGGCGCGGAGCGGCGCGACGCCGUCGCGUUCCACCCGUUGCUGGUGCCGCGGCCGAGCGACUUCUCGGUGUCGGCGCUGCUGACGGCGGGCGCGCUGCCGCCGCCCCCCUACUUGCCGGCCGCGCUGGCCGCUGCCUUGUCCGCGCCCUGCCCGCUGCUGAAGCCUCCUCCUCCGCCGUAUGCGCCCCUGCCGCCUGACGACGACGGCGUCGUCGACGAUCCAAAAGUUACGCUCGAGGGCAAGGACCUCUGGGAGAAGUUCCACAAGCUGGGCACCGAGAUGGUGAUCACCAAGAGUGGCAGACAAAUGUUCCCACAAAUGAAGUUCCGCGUCUCUGGUUUGGACGCGAAGGCAAAGUACAUCCUCCUCCUGGACAUCGUAGCAGCAGACGACUACAGAUAUAAAUUCCAUAACAGACGUAUGUUUCCUGCCUACAAAGUUCGCGUUUCUGGUCUUGAUAAAAAAGCAAAGUACAUUUUGCUAAUGGACAUCGUAGCUGCCGACGAUUGCAGAUACAAAUUCCACAACAGUCGGUGGAUGGUUGCCGGGAAGGCGGAUCCUGAAAUGCCGAAGAGAAUGUACAUUCACCCGGACUCACCUUCGACGGGUGAACAAUGGAUGCAGAAGGUUGUCUCCUUCCACAAAUUGAAGCUGACAAACAACAUUAGUGACAAGCACGGUUUCGUGAGUAUCAACUUUUUUUAUAUCCCAGGAGCAUGA